UGUUCACAACUACAGGAAGCAGGAGAGAAGAAAACCUCCAUGAAUCAGCGCAGCUGUUUAACUUGUGUUCCUUCGUCUCCAGGCAGCUGCUGAAGACCAUCGCCAUGGGUCAGGUUCUGUCUCUGCUGAUCUGUGGCACGGCGGGCAGCAGUCAGUACCUGGCUCACGCCGGGGUGGAGACGCCAAUGCUGCAGAGCUUCCUCAACUACGCCCUGCUGCUGCUCACUUACACCCUAGCCCUGUGUUUUCAGAAAGGUGACACUAACAUCCUGAAGAUCUUAAGAACCAAAUGGUGGAAGUAUCUGGUGAUGGGUCUGGCUGAUGUAGAGGCAAACUACACAGUAGUGAAGGCGUACCAGUUCACCACCCUGACCAGCAUACAGCUGCUGGACUGUUUUGUGAUCCCGGUUCUCAUGGUUCUUUCAUGGAUCUUCCUGAAGACGCGCUACAGGCCUUUGCACUUUGUAGCCGUGACGGUGUGUCUGCUGGGGGUGGGGGCCAUGGUGGGAGCCGACAUUAUAGCCGGGAGAGACACGGAGGGAGGAUCCACCAGUGACGUGGUGCUGGGGGACGGUUUGGUCCUGCUCAGCUCGGUCCUGUAUGCCAUAUCAAACCUGUGCCAGGAGCACACAGUGAAGAACCUGAGCAGAGUUGAGUUCCUGGGAAUGAUGGGGCUGUUCGGCACUCUGAUCAGCGGCCUGCAGCUAGCUGCUCUGGAAAUCAAUGCAGUUAAAGGAAUACAAUUGAACCUUUACAUCAUCACGCUGUUUGGCAUCUAUACUUUGUGUAUGUACGCGCUGUACAGCUUCAUGCCUGUGGUGGUGAAGCUGACGAGUGCGACUGCGGUCAACCUGUCCCUGCUCACUGCGGACCUCUUCAGCCUCUUUUGUGGCCUUUUUCUCUUCAACUAUAAGUUUUCUGUUCUGUACAUCAUCUCGUUUUUCAUCAUUACGGUGGGCUUCAUCAUGUUCCACGCCAUCCCGACGCCCUCCGCUCUACCGGACGUCUCUGAGGCGGCAGACCCUGCGGCUGAGCACGCCUCCGACCGGCUGCUGGCUGCAGACGGAGACGUUCAGGGACCUGAAACAGUGGUGGCCUUCACAGCUCUGUGACUUCAUGUUUGUUUCUGAAUCCAAGGCCGGUUAUCAGAGUCAUGUCAUUGCAAUAAGAAGAGUUCAGUCUCCUACUAUUGUUACAUUAGAUAUGAGAUGAUUUAAUUUUUCUUUAGCUAACUUCUCCAAUAAGGACAGAUAUUUAUGUAAAUAUAAGGACACAGUGUGCACGUUUACAAUCAGUUAUGAGACAUUUUGUAAAAUCCUUUAGCUUUUUUUGUCUUCUCAGUCUGAAUUCCUUAUUAUCUACACUGCUGUUCUAACCCUCUGAAAUAUGCCACUAGCAACAUGAAUAUUAGGCUGAAGGUUACAAAUAUUACUGAAAAGCUCAUUUUAGCAACCAUUUAAUAAAACCUUUUUCUUUUUUUACCUCGCUGAUCCCUGCCCUCAAAUUGUUCCGUCAUGUGGCCGUUACCUCCUCUUGUUUGUACCAUAAAAAAAACACAUUUCAGAACCAGUGAACUGAAACUUUUGCCUCAGUUUAUUUUGCUUUUUAGUUCCACAUUUUGCUGAAUAGUGGAGAUGAACUGUUAUGAAUUGCUUACAUUUUUUUUCCUUUGUGUUUGUUCUGAACUCCAUCCAGACCAGUUAAUCAGAUUGAAAUAUAAGCGGUUCUGAACUCUGAUCAAAACAGCCUCUGGCUGGUAGAGAUUAUUUACUGGAAUCACUUUGUCAAGCUUUCCUUGUUUUGUUGCAGAGUGGCCUUAAAGGUGCUAUUUGUUCAAUUAUACUUCUAUUACAGUUAUCAUUGUGAUUUUUUUAUUAUUGCAUUGCUUUAUGUUUGAAAUAGAGAGUGUAGAAUAAGAAAAUUGUAUUUAUAUCUUUGUUUGGGUGUAAAAAAAAAAAUGCUUUGUUGCAAAGACGGCUACGUUUUAGACUGCAAAAUGCCAAAGAAGAAAAUACCCAAUGUUUUGAGGUGUUGAAAUUUGGCUGUUAAAUGUUUUAAGCACCCGUGGUGAUGGGAUUUAUUUAUAUUUUUUUUUAGGAAUACAUUGACAUUAAAAUGGCUUAUAUGGAUGUCCAAUGUUAUUUCUGCUGUCGCAAAUAACUGGUAUUUACUGAUAUGAUCAUAAAGCCCCCCUACCAAGGAUAUCCAGGACCAUAGGACAGAAAUUAACAUUGGUUAUUUAUAUCAGUCCAGUUCUAUGAAUUGGACCAAUAGCGAAAUGUGAUAAAAUGACCAACAAUGACGGAUAACAAAUUUUUUCCAUUUAAAUUGCUUUAUAAGUGAGCACAUCUACUGAAAAGAAUUGUAAGCCUGAGCAGCACUUUCCUUUGUGGUGAGAAUUGAUAAGAAAAACAUAAAUGUUUUGUUUUCUUCAGUUUUUUUACCAUGGAUGGAGCCACAUUAAAAUGUUGAAAAACGGCCAAAAUAAAUUAGAAAAAGUGUCCUUUUGUUCAAUCACUGCAUCAGUUUCUUGCAUAAAGUUUUCAAAAUUGUAGAGUGUAUAUUUAAUACAAAGUAAAUAUAUGGGACUGGAUUUAAUAAAAAAAAAAAUAAUUAAAAAUCCAC